AGCAGAAAUACUCAAGUCGAGCGUCUCCGGUUCGCUCGUUCUACAAAAUAUCGCAACCCUGAAGGCAACACUUCUAGACUUGACGGGAGACCUUUUGAACCUUCGCAAAGACAACAACCAUGCAAUUGAGAGCAUAUCACUGCAAGACAAAUACCUCAACCACAACAUCGAAAAGAAAACCGAGGAAACGGAUAUAGAGCGCUCUAGAUGUUCGGGGCCCGACAUGAAAGCUGAUAUUGCGGAACUCCAAUCUAUGAAAGAGCCAGUUUCAAUCCUCAUCGAUGUGAUGGUGGUGUUCGGCGAACUCGCCAACAGGAUGAAAGAUAUCGAUAUGAAGGACCCGGUCAGCGUACUUGAACCCGAACACACCUAUCUCUCAGCCACGCUCGAUUUCCAAACUGGUCUCGAGAAGUCUCUCCAGAGACUUCUCGAGAAAUCUGCAGCAAAGACGGGGGUCCCUAGCGACAUGCACCCUAACGAUGCUACCACCGCAGUCCCGUCCCGGACGAAGCCUUUUCCAACCAGCCUCGACACCGCAGAGACUAUCCGAAAUCAUACAACUGGCGCGAGUGAAUCCAAGUCCGAUCCUGAGAGCUGGGUAAUGGACCCCGACGACGAUUAGCCCUUCUUG